AUGGUUGAGCGAGGGAAGAGAAGCCAUAACCGUAGCAACAGAGACAAGAACAACAAUGAGAACAACAGGAAUCAAAAGAGAAGACUUUCUUACGAAACCGACGAAAAGACCAACAACAAAGACGACAACGUCGUCGUCUACAGAAUCCUAUGCCCAAGCGGAGUCAUAGGAAGCGUGAUAGGCAAAAGCGGCAAAGUCAUAAACGUGAUUAGGCAAGAAACGAGAGCUAGAAUCAAAGUCGUUGAUCCUUUUCCAGGCUGUAGCGAGAGAGUCAUAACAAUCUAUUGCUCGGUCAAGGAGAAGAAAGACAUUGUAGACAUAGAGAAGAGCGAGUCCAACUACACGGAGCUCACUCCUCUCUGCUCUGCUCAAGAGGCUCUUCUUAAAGUCCAUAGCACAAUCGUUUCCUCUUUAGCCGCUGCUGCAGAGAACACUAAGAUUGAUAGAGAUAACCUCAGAGAAUGUAGAAUCUUAGUUCCGUCUAGUCAGUGCUCUAACGUGAUUGGUAAAUCCGGUUCCACGAUCAAGAAGAUCAGAAGUAGAACCGGAGCUACCGUCAAGAUCGUCUCUAAAGAUGCCUCGGAUCCUUCACACAUUUGCGCCAUGGAUUUUGACAACAUUGUUCUGAUAUCAGGCGAGGCUGAAGCUGUCAAGAGAGCACUGUUUGCGGUUUCGGCAAUCAUGUACAAAUUCAGUCCUAGAGAGCAGAUUCCGCUUGACACUAGUGUGCAAGAAGUGGCUGCAAGUAUCAUAAUCCCUUCGGAUCUUUCUGUCUAUCCGCAAACCGGUUUAUACCCUAACCAAGAUCCUGUUUUCCAACAAUCGUUUAUCGGUUAUGGAGAAACCGCUCCGGUUUUCUCUUCUUCUGCUUCUGCUGCUUCAGCUGUUCCAAUGGUUCAUCAUCAUGGUUUUGGAGGGUCUUCAAGAUCAGGAGAGCUGGUUGUGAAAGUCUUGUGCUCUUCUGCUAACAUCGGUCGUGUGAUAGGGAAAGGAGGAUCAACCAUUAAGGGGAUAAGGCAAACAAGUGGAGCUCAUAUUGAGGUUAACGACUCUAAAGCAAACCGUGAUGAAGACGACUGUGUUAUCAUCACCGUCACUGCUAAAGAGGCUCCUGAUGAUUUGAAGUCUAUGGCGGUUGAAGCUGUUCUCUUACUUCAAGAGCAGAUUAAUGAUAAGGAAGAGGCAAAGGUUAAGAUGCAGCUUCUUGUGCCUUCUAAGGUGAUUGGAUGUAUUAUAGGGAAGAGUGGCUCAAUCAUAAGCGAGAUCAGGAAGAGGACUAACGCUGAUAUCUAUAUCUCGAAAGGGAGUCAUAAGCCUAAGUGUGCUGAUCCCAAUGAUGAGCUCGUUGAGAUAUCGGGUGAUGUAGCUGAGGUGAGAGAUGCUCUGAUUCAGAUUGUUUUGAGGCUUCGAGAUGAUGUUUUGAGAGAUAGAGAGACUGGUUCUUCAAGAAACCAGCAACAUCUUGCAAGAUCUGAGAAUAAUAACAAUAGCUUCUUCUCUUCGAGUAGUAGUAUUAGUAACACUGGUCUUGCGCUUCCUCCUCCGUCUUUCAUGUCUUCUGUUCCGCAAGUUGCUGCUUCUGUAGAUUUCGAUAGGAGACAAGACACCGGGACUAUGCUUUCUUCUUUGAGCGGUGGUGGACUCUAUGGUUAUGGAAGCUUUCCGGCGAGCAAUAACAGUUAUGGAUCCAACUCUUCGUACUCAUCCAAUAUAUAUGGAGGAUUGGCUCAGUCUACAACAAUGGAGAUUCGAAUCCCUUCCAAUGCGGUUGGUAAAGUAAUGGGCAAAGGAGGAGGCAACUUGGAUAACAUAAGAAGGAUAUCAGGAGCUAUGAUAGAAAUUUCUGAUUCCAAAAACUCCCACCAUGGAGGUCGCACAGCUCUUGUUUCCGGAACGCCUGAACAGAAGCGUACCGCAGAGAACUUGUUCCAAGCUUUUAUCAUGUCCACUUGA